AUGGUUGUACAGAAUAGCCAAGACAGGCCUUCCGUGAUAUUACCAAAUACAAAUCUGGAGUCAAAAAAGUAUAUUGUUGUAAAAAAUCAUGUGCGAGAACUUACGAGUAGGGUUCAAGAUGAGUCUUCAGGACAGAAAAGCAAAGCCAGUUAUGCAGAUAUUACUCAACAAAAAGGUGUUAUAAAGAAAAAUAAACGUAAAUUAUCAAACUGCACAGAAAGUGCGGAAAAAAUAAACACUUGUGAAAUAAAUAAAAGUGAUUUAGAUGAAUUAAAAGCAGUGUACAGUCAAUGUAAAAGUGUUUUAAAAAGUAUUGAAUCAAAAUACGGUCAUUUAUUAAAUUUAAUAAAUGAAACUCAAGGUAUUCAUUCUGGUUCAGAGAGCUUUGAGAGUGAAGUGGAAUGUGAGUGUAGUCAAAAUAAGAAGAUUGUUUUUGAUGAUGAAGGUAAACAAAUUGUAAAAGAUACUGAAUUUGAAAAACACAUUUGUUUAAAGAAACUGAAAUGCAAACAGAGUAAAUUACCUAAAGAAAAUUCUAAUGUUGAAAUUGAAUAUGAAUCAGAAAAAAGUCUCGAUUUACCCGAUAGCUUAAAUGAACUGGGAAAUUUGUUAAAAGAACCUUUCAUAAAUAAUCAGCUACGUAGAACAAUUAUAAACAAAAUCAGAGGCAUAAGACAAGUGUACAUAAAUGAGCUCAAGUUUGACAAGCAAGCUUUGGUAGAGAAGUUAAAAACAAACUCUGAAGAAAUAUUAGAGUUCAAAGGAACAAAUCUUUCAACGUUGGCUGGAUAUCCUGCAUGA